ACUGAUUCUACGAUGCACUCAUUUAAUAAGGUGCAUUCCCGCCCCUAUUCCGAUGUGACCCACUUUGAUGAGAUAUUCUUAAACUGUAUGGAAUCGCUGGGAUUUUUUUUUCUUUCUUCUUCUUCCUUUUACUCCGGGCACACAGCCGUGGCUCAUAAUGUGAUGUUGAGUGUGAAGUUGCUGUGUGUGCUGUGGUGGAUGUGGGAGCCCCACCUCCUCCCACGCUCCGAUGAGUAGAGAGAGGCGGCAGAGAGAGACGGGAGGAGAAGAGAGCUGGGGAGCAACUAACAUACCCACAGUAUCUCAUCACUUGCUCUUUGGAAAUGCUUCAGAUGGGCUUCUUAUAGUAGCUGCAAAAAAAAAGAGAAAGAAAACGUUGCAGAAAUGCAAUUCCUGCCGCUGCCGUUCAGACAUCCUGUGCGUCCUUAAGAGUGCGUGUUGAGCUCCGGAGAAACUUGGACCAAAAGGAAUGUGCGUAUUUUGGCAGGGAACAUGCUUUUAUUUUCUUCGUCUUCUUCUUUUCCUACAUUUAUUUUGAGGAAUGAAGAUGGCCAGACGGAGUGAGAAUCUUCAUUUAGGUUUGUUUUGAGAGAGAGAGAGAAAAAAAAAAGACAGCCCCAGCUUUCAGACGAACUGCUGCACUUUAACUUCCCCAUAGAAGGAAGAGCUGUCCGUUCUGCGAGAUCCAUCAGACGACGGGCUGGGCGCAGGAUCCCCUCAAUUUGAUGAAGAAAGUUCUGAUUUGCAGCUCGGUGGAUUUUUUUUUAAGUGAUUCCUUGACGGAGGUUUGAGGGUUGGAGACCUGCCUCUGUGGACAUACAGGCUGCCGACGAGCUGCCACAAACGCGUACGCACAAGUCUCUGGCUCAGGCAGAUCUUCUGAUGACCUAAUGGAACUGAAUUUACGAGUAGUACUGUUUUGGGUCGUGGUGCUGCACGGUGGCUCCGUCGAUGGCAGUAUCCUCUACCGAGUCCAGGAGGAGCAGCCCCCCAACACGCUCAUAGGCAGUCUGGCAGCGGACCAGGGGCUGCCAGACUCAGGUCACCUCUACAAGCUUGAGGUGGGCGCCCCUUAUCUCCGAGUUGAUGGGAAGACAGGAGACAUUUUCACUACAGAGAUUCCAAUAGACAGAGAGACCCUCCGGGACUGCCGGUCCCUGGCCAAGGGCAAGCCGUGCUACUUGGAAUUUGAAGUAUCGGUAACAGACCUGAUACAAAACCAGAGCCCACGACUUAUUGAAGGACGUAUUGAAGUACAGGACAUCAAUGACAACACCCCGCAAUUUCCCUCUUCUGUGCUCGCCAUCUCGGUACCUGAGAACACAAUCAUGGGGGCAUUAUUCUCCAUACCUCUAGCCACUGACAGGGACUCUGAGAGGAAUGGAGUGGCUGACUAUGCGCUGACUGCGGGCCCAGAUGCAGCAACUCUAUUUGGUUUACAAGUGGCGGAGGACAGGGGAGGGAAACUCCCACAGCUCAUCGUCCUCGGCAAUUUGGACCGCGAGUUAAAGGAUUCUUAUGACCUCACAAUAAAGGCGGUGGAUGGAGGGAACCCUCAGCGCUACAGCAGUGCUCUGCUCAGAGUGGUUGUUACCGACGCCAACGAUAACGCCCCUAAGUUUGAAAAGACUUCAUAUGAUGCAGAAGUUUUAGAAAACAGUCCAGUCGGGCACUCAGUGUUACAGGUCAAAGCAAAUGACUCUGACAUGGGCCCUAAUGGAGAAAUUGAAUACACCAUUCACCAAGCAGUGGACCCAGUACCAAGACUCUUACGAAUUGAUCGGUCUACUGGCAUUAUCUAUGUGAAGGGACCACUGGACAGGGAGGAAAUCAGCAGCUUGUCUUUCUAUGUGGUGGCAAGGGAUAAGGGUCCUCAACCUAAGAGCUCUAAGACGUUUGUAACAAUUGAAGUGACUGAUCAAAAUGACAAUGCUCCUGCUGUGGAGAUUCGUGGAAUUGGUCUGGUGACUCACAGUGACGGAGUGGCCAAUAUUUCGGAGGACAUGCCAGUGGGGACAGCUGUUGCUUUAGUACAAGUAUCUGACAAAGAUGAAGGAGAGAACGCUGUCGUCACAUGCGUGGUAGCAGGAGAUGUGCCCUUUCAGCUUCGUCCUGCCAGCGACUCUCCCACUGACAACAAAAGAAAAUAUUUUCUUCAGACAACCACACCUCUUGACUUUGAAAGAGUCAGGGACUACAGAGUAGAAAUUGUUGCAGUGGACUCUGGAAACCCAGCACUGUCUAGUACAAACUCCCUAAAAGUUCAGGUGACUGAUGUGAACGACAACUCUCCAAUAUUUUCCCCAACACUGUUUGAAGUUGACUUUGCUGAAGAAAACCAACCUGGGGAGAGGAUUUUGGAUGUCACUGCUACAGAUGCUGACAGUGGCACUAAUGCCCAACUGCUGUACGAUAUUGUUGCAGAUUCAACCAUCAAAGGUUUGUUUGAGAUUGACCCAAACUCAGGUGAAGUAAGAGCUCGAAGCCCGCUGGAUCGUGAACAUAAAGAGCUGUAUGAGUUUCGGGUCACAGCUGCAGACAAAGGUUCACCUGUCCAUAAAGGAACAGCAACAGUUGUGGUAAAAGUUCUUGACCGCAAUGACAAUGAACCAAAGUUCAUGCUUAGUGGGUACAGCUUUUCAGUACUGGAAAACAUGCCUCCCCUAAGUCCUGUGGGCAUGGUAACAGUUCAAGAUAUGGACAAAGGUGAGAAUGCCCGAGUUCACCUCUCCGUAGAACCAGAUGGAGGGAAGUUUGUAGUUCAGAAUGGAACAGGUACAAUUCUCUCAAGCAUCUCUUUUGACAGAGAAAAAGAAAGCAGCUAUACUUUCCGUCUAAAGGCAGUGGAUGGGGGAGAACCACCCAAGUCCUCCUAUGUUGGUGUCACUAUCAAUGUACUCGAUGAAAAUGACAAUGACCCUGUCAUCACCAAACCCUCCAACUCUUCCUUCAGGCGCUUAUCACCUCUCGCAUCUCCAGACAGCCAUGUUGAGGUGGUGGAGGCUGAAGACCUGGACAGUGGACCCAAUGCAGAGUUAGUCUUCAAUAUUGCUGGAGGAAAUCCUUACCAAUUAUUCCGCAUCUCCCCCACUACUGGAGAGAUUACUCUGGCAAAGGAGAUGACCCGCAAACAUGGGGGGCUGCAUCGUUUAGUAGUACGGGUGAGUGACAGGGGAAAGCCUCCACGUCAUGCAACUGCCCUGGUUCACAUCUAUGUCAAUGAAACAAUUUCAAAUGUCAGCUUAGUGGAAGCCUUAGUUGGACACAGUCUUUACACUCCACUAGACAGGGACAUUGCCGGUGAUCCUGACAGUGGUUUCGCUGCCCAUCGCAGUAACAUUUUGUUUGGAAGCCUUGCCGGUGUGGCCGGAGUUGUUAUGUUGAUCUUGGUGGUGGUGUUUAUUCGCCACCGCAUCCAGAGAGAAACAAAGAGUGGCUAUCAAGCGGGUAAAAAAGAAACAAAAGACCUAUAUGCUCCCAAGCAAGCACCAAAAAACACCAAAGGCAAACGAGGGCGAAAAGGCAAGCCACAGAAGUCCCCAAAGCCACUUGGGGAAGAUGAGGAGGUCAGCCUACAAAAGAGUCUAAAGUUUAAUCUUGAUGGAGUAAACGACAGUCCACGCAUACACCUGCCCUUAACAUAUUCCCCGGGAAGCCCCGACAUCGGUAGGCAUUACCGAUCCAACUCUCCCUUACCUUCUAUCCAACUGCAAGCCCAAUCCCCUUCAGCUUCUCAGAAGCACCAGGCCGUGCAGGACCUCCCUGCAGCCAACACCUUCGUUGGAACGGGAGGAGAUGACAACUCCACCGGCUCAGACCAGUACUCAGAUUACAGCUACAAGACCAGCCAACCCAAGUAUAACAACAAACAGCAUCCCCAUCGUCGCGUGACCUUUUCCACCGCCAACCCCGUGCAGGACCUGCAGGACGCCUCGCAGCACAGCUACUAUGACAGCGGCUUAGAGGAGUCGGAGACCCCCAGCAGCAAGUCCUCAUCUGGUCCUCGCAUCGGACCCCUGACCCUGCCCGAGGACCACUACGAGAGGACCACCCCAGAUGGCAGCAUUGGAGAAACAGAACACCCAGAAAACGACAUCCGCUCCCUCCCUGAUGUGGCGAUGACCGGAAACUGCACAAACGAAUGCAGUGAAUUGGGUCACUCGGAUGCCUGCUGGAUGCCUGGGCAUCCCUCCCCCGUGCGGAAGACCAGGAACCCCCCCAAGCUCUCCACAUUUGUGCCUUACCAGGAGAGAGGGAGUCUGGGUCGCCUGGCCAACGGCAGCGCCAGGCUGGGUGGAGAGGAGCACCGGUCGCGCCUUCCGCCCUCCCGCAGUGCCUAUUCCAGCAGCGGCCAGGACCCCGGUCAGGACUGUCCCGUAGAGGAGAUGCCCCUGAGCGUGGCCUCCGAGUUCCCGCCCACGUCCCCUUCUGCUCACACCCCCAAACGAGAGAUUUACCUGUGAGAAACAGAUCGGUACACAAACCAAGAAAAGCUACACCCACUUCAGAAGAAGAGAGAGAAAAACAAGACUGUCCACAUUCUAAAGCCUACAGUUGGGUUGUAAGUAACUAUUGGUCGUAACUCAUUUAAUCACUGGCAUGAACACUCGUCAUUUCUGACUCAAAUUAUCAGCUCAUCAGCAAAUCUUGGAAUGAUUCCACAAAGAUAAUUGAUGCACUCCCUCGUUUAUUUAUUGAAGCUCUCAACGGAUACAAUCCAGAAAGUUAGACAAGAAUCACAAGUGGAAAUAGCGACUUUAGCAGUGACUAAUUCUUGUUGUAGUUAGGCAAGGCCCAGUCUGUGAAGUGAGUUCUUGAAAGUUGUGAUCAGUGCUCUUGUGCCAUUUCUAGGUAUUAUUUAAUAGACAGCUAAUCUGGCCAUAUCAGAAGGCAGAACACUUGAGACCAGGAGUUAGAUCAAAUGGUCGUUCUUAAUGUACAGAGCUGUAAAUACAUUUGAAUGGUGUGUACUACAUAUAUUUUCGUCUGGCAUAAUCUUCAAAGAAUGCCUCUGAAUUUUAGCAUAUUUAAGCUUUUCUUUACUGCUGCUGUGUAAACUUGACUGAAACCAUCUCCCAGAGAGGGACUCGAUAUUGUGGAAGGCAUGUAUUUGCUCUGCAGUAUCCCACGCGCCCCCGCGUGUGCACCCCCACACACACCCCCACACACCCACACAGACAGACACCUCCGACCCCUAAUCAUAGUAGAAUGGCCUUUACCUCCGCUCCCUGUAGAGCUCCGCCACUGCUGGAGAGAAACUAUGUGGCAGCAUUUAAAGCGACAUUAUGUCCCACUGACUUGCAGCACUGUGACCUGUCGUUCAUCAUGAAAACGGUUGACUUGGCCACAGAACCCGGAGGGUCACAAUGACCAAACGCAGAGCUCGCCAGAUACAUCCUGAUUGGCUUUUUGCUCCCUACUUGAGAUUAUACCAGUGCACCAGUUGCAGAAAGUUUCUGUCUGUUGAGACAAUCAGAUAGGCUUCACAUGCAAGACACAAUUCAUUUGUAUUCGCUUACCCUCGCAGUUCACAAGAAUUGAUGUAGAUCUAAUGAAUGAUAAUCUACUUUUUGUUUAAAAAAGAAAAGGGGCACUUGAGUGCUGAGAGCUACAUGGGUUAUGGUUACUUUUGGAACCGAAUAUCAUACCAAUGAAUUUGUUUAAGCUAUCACAUCACUAUAGGUAAACUUACCUUGAAUGCGGAAUUCAAUUCAUAGUUCAUU